AUGACGGAUAGUCAUGGGUUACCAAAUAAACGGAUCAUCUACGUCACUCCUGAAGAAUUCUCAAGUCUUCCGUCAGAUGGGCCGAUUUACGUCUUAUCAACUGCAGAGAAUCCAAAACCUACUUCUCAAACAAGUGCAUUACAGUCACCUUCGUGUAGUCAAAGCCCACUCCCUACAACUAGCAUAGGUACAGGUCUUACAGGCAGUGCAUUUACGGCUCUUUCAGUCUCUGGCUCUAAUUAUUUCAAUAAUGCCCCAUAUGCAGUACCAUACCAAACUAAUGUUAUUCCAUAUCCUCCUCCUCCUAUGAUUUCAACAAAUGUGGUUCCUCCUUAUGGACUGUGCUCAACCUUUCAACGUCCAUCGUAUUCCGCCUGUCAACCAAUCCCCUGGUUAACAUCAGGCUUCCAAAACUCUACAUUCUACAACCCAGCUGGUAGUGUUUUCCCAUUAUCUCCUCAGUAUGUACAACCUUACCAUACAUUUUCCGGUUUUCAGCCAAGCAUCCUACCAUCUCCGUUCAUCCGGACAUUCAAUCCGUAUCAACCACCUCCAUGUUUCUUUUCACCACAGCUUACUGGUAACCCAGACAGCAAUAUCCAGGCACAUGCUGUUGGUACAGUUGCCUCCUCUGCUACUACUGCUACUACUACUCUUACAUGUAUUCCUACAACCACAAAUACGGUUAGCAACACGUGGCGUCGUCCGUUCUCUCGAUCAACUGAAACAAAGGGGAAUUCAGAGCCAAAUAACUUUAAAGCCGAUUCUACACCACUGAAACAGCUGAAGCCUUUACGAUAUACAAAACUGGUAUACACUUCAGAACCGGAUUUCUUCACUUUUGACGAUACUACUGGAUCGUAUGUAGCUACUCACAAACUUAUAGACUUAGAGAAUCAAUUUGAGAAUGAAGUGAUCGCUAGACGUCAUCGUGCUACUGUAAAUGAUCCAGUUAGACAGCCUCCUGAGCGUCCAGUACUUUCAGAUAGUGAGCACCGACGUAAUUCUCGUGCUUCUCAUCUACAUAAAUCAAAAAAAUCAUCUCGAGACAGUAAUACUGGGAAUUCUCUACUGGAUAAUAUUGAUUCUGAUGGCAAUCCUGAUGAAAAUGAUGAUUUAGUCUAUGGGAGCGAUCAUGAGGAAGGUUCAGAAGAAAUGCGUUUAAAUGCAUUUAAAACAAAGUCUCGUCGUGGACGUAAAAAUAAAAUCAUUUCAUUCAAUUUUGAAAGCAAGUGUAAAUUAAACAAUUCUGCGUUAAACCGUAUUUCACAAACAGUCAAUGGUCAUUCAAUCGGUCAACGCAGUAUUAGACAACAACGUGAAGUUGCUUACAAAGUUGAACAUCCUAAUCGACUACAUCCUGAUAUAUGGCAUAAUGAAGCUAAUGAAUUCAAUGAUGGUCCAGCAUGUUCUUGCAAGCCAAAAUAUCGUAUAGGACCAUUGCAUAACCAGUAUGAAGGAGAGCAGCCAAUACCUCCAUGUAUCCCAGAGUCGAAUAAUCGUGACCGACUGUAUCAUUAUCGGAUAAUUAUUUCUCCAACAACUAAUUUUGUUCAACCAAUCCCAUCAAAAAUAACACACAAUGGGAAUGAUUAUAUAUUUGAUGGGUUCUCUUUGUUCCUACAUUACAAAUUGGAUAAACCGCCUCCAUGUCAAGUUCUCCGUUUCAACUUACUGUAUGAUAUUUUUCCAAUUGAAGAAGAAUUCCCACAGUAUUUUACUGUUCGUUCAUUGGAUCUCCUUACUCAGUAUAUAUUUAUUGAGUUAUUAGAAUUGUUGGAUUUAAGCUGGAAACCAUAUGGAGUUGAAGAAAGUUGUAGUGUGAUACAUUUAAUGCCACGAUUUAUACGUUUAUUGUCAGCUGCUGAUGUAACAGGCCUUUCUAUGAUUAAUACCACUACUACUACUUCUACUACGACUACUGAUAAUGACAAUUCAAUGCAACAUAAUCCUGAGAUAGAUGAUUCAAUUGCCAACUGUGUGAAUGAUAGUACUGAAAAUAAUAACGAUACAGUCGGUGAAUUAUUACCAGUCCAUGUGAUAAUGCAGUAUUGGUUAAAAGAAGCACUAACUCCAGUAAUUGAUGUAAUGCAGUUGUCAUCGUUACAAAAAAUGUCUACAAAUGAAUGGUCAAAUUAUAUAUUUGAUCUACGCGGGACACUUGCUUGUUUUCCAGGGAAAAAACCAGCUGCUAUACGCAUAGAUCAGUUGGAUCGUCAAUCGGUCACAGGUCAACCUAAUGAAGCAAUACUCAUUUAUCCGCUCAUAGUGCAUAUGACGUAUACACCGAUGAAGUUGAGUUUAACACGUGAACCAAAGUAUAAAUGUGUACUGAAAAAUUUCAUGAAGUUACAAUAUCUAAUGAUGAAUAAGCCAAGAAUUAGUCCAUCUGAUCGUGCACAAUUGGUUCAAUUGGCUAGUGAAUUAGAAGAGAUGGAACAUUCUGGAGUACAUCGACGUGAAGUGACUGUAGAAAUCAGUUGUGAAGGUUUCUAUCGAACGGGAAUACGACCGGAUAUACCACAGCAUGCAUUGAAUUUAGUCUCACUUAUAGCUCAUCUUCGUUUUCAUAAAUCACUGGAAAGCUUAGAGAAUCGUCUAGGUUAUACCUUUACUGAUAAAUCUCUAUUACAUCAAUCGCUUACGCAUCCAUCAUAUAGGCGAACAAAUUUCGGUACAAAUCAAGAUCAUUUUCAAAACUCUCUGGUUACAUGUGGUCCACGUAUCUUAGAGUAUGGAGAUAAAUUAGAGUUAUAUAAAGCAUGGCGUAAAAAAGGGCUGACAAAAAUGAUACAAGUUAUGUCAUUCCUCCCAAAAAUGCAUGAAGAACGGUCGAAUAUUUAUGGCAAUGAAAGAUUGGAGUUCCUAGGCGAUGCAGUUGUGGAAGUAAUCUCAAGCAUUCAUUUAUUCUUCAUGUUUCCUGAACUAUCUGAGGGUCAUUUGGAUGCCUAUCGUCAGGCUAUUGUUCAAAAUCAACAUUUGGCUGAAUUAGCUGUUCGAUUGGGUAUCCAUAAAUUUCUUCUCUACACGCAUAGUGUAGAUUUUUGUUAUGAUUCUACAUUUAUAUAUGCUCGAUCAGAUGCAUUUGAAGCGUUAAUGGCUGCAAUCGCCUUAGACGCUGGACUAGAUGUUGUUGAUAGAAUAUUUGGUGCAGUUCUUUUUGGUGAUGAUGAAAGAAUUCAUCGUGUAUGGGUACAAAUCCCACCACAUCCCUUACAAGCCCAAUGCCCUGAUGGUGACCGAUCAUGGGCAACUAAAGUUCCUAUGCUUAAGAAAUUGUGUACAUUAGAAGAUACUUUGGGAAUAAAAUUUAAGCAUCUACGUGUAUUGGCUCGUGCUAUGACUAUCAGAAAGACAGGUUUCAAUUUUUAUACCCUUGGAGAUAAUCAACGUUUAGAAUUUCUUGGUGAUUCCCUGUUGAAACAUCAUGAAGGGCAUUUAUCACUGCUAAAAAAUUCUCUAGUUAACAAGUAUACACAAGCUUCAGUAUGCAGUGAAUUAGGUUUAGAGAAUUAUGUUAUCCGUCGUGAAGAUAACAGUAUGAAUCAAUGGGAUAAUAAAACAAACAAUAAUACAGGACUGAAUGGUAAUCACACUACUACUGCUACAAGUAAAAUGGUGAUGAGUAAUCUACCCCCUAAAGUGUAUAAAGGUAAACGAAAUAAGAAAGGACAAAAACAAUCAAAUCAUUCUGCUGAAAGUAAUAGCAGUAGUAAUAAUAAUUCUUGUAAUCCACAAAAUCAGAAUGUCAAGUAUCGAGCUGAUUUAUUAGAAGCAUUCAUCGGUGCAUUAUUUGUUGAUAAAGAUUUAACAUGGGUUGAACGAUUCUGUCAAAUCUGUUUUUGGCCACGUCUUGUAGAAUUUAUUUUAAAACAAGAAUGGAAUGAUGCAAAGUCAAAGCUACAACAGUGUUGUCUUACUUUUCGUUCAUUGAAUGAAGAUCCUGAAAUUGCACAUUAUAAAGUUUUAGAACAUAGUGGUCCAACUAAUCAACGUGUUUAUCGUGUUGGUGUUUAUUUUCGUGGUCAACGAUUAGCAACUGGUCAAGGCAGAUCUGUACAACAAGCACAAAUGGAAGCAGCGAAAAAAGCCUUAGAAUUACAUCAAGAUACAUUUCGUCAAUUGGAUUUUCAACGUUCUGUUAUAUCCAGACGAUAUAAACAACCGUAUAUUAAUAAGAUAUUGAAUCAAGUACAAAAUUGGGAUGAACAAUUAGUUGAUUAUUUUAUACCAGAUAAGAAUAAGACAACGGCUACAACAGCAACAACAAUGGAAACAGUAUCAUGCAUCACUACUUCCUUAACUACUACUACUACUACUACUACUAAUAGCAGUAAUAGUAGUGUUAGUAAUAAUAAUAAUAAUGAAGGAAGUACUGUUGGCACAAGUAGUAUCAGUAUACGCAGUACUGAUUGUUGUACUGUUAACAAUGUUAAUAACCAGAAUGAUGGUGAAAUUCAGAAUUCACUGUCAGACUAUGCUGAUUCAGAUGAUAAUGAUGACGAUGAUGAUGAUUGUGAGUUGUUCAACAAAAAUAUUGCUAAACGUCGAUGUAUUCAAAGAAUUCAGAGUGAUGAAACAAUUUCACUUGCAUCUUAUGAUAGUAUACAACAAAAUAAUCUCAGUUUUAUAGAAUCUAUAAGUGACGAUGAGAAUAUGAUCAGUCAAAUAGAAAGUGAACAGGUUAAAACUGAUGUCACCCCGUCUUUAUCCCCACUUUCAAAACCAUCAUCACCAAUGUGCAUUUUGCCACACUUGUCGACUUCAACUGUUGGUAACCUACACUCACCACCUAAUAAUUUCAUCGACUUCAACGAAAACAAGUUGGAACUGUACAACGAUGUAGAAGAAGAUGAUAGUAGCGAGGGAAGUGAUGAAGAGAGAGAGGAAGGUGAAGUAUUCGAAGAUGUGGAUGAUGAUGACGAUGAUAGCGAUGAAGACGAUGAUGACUCAUGUGACAGCGACACUGAUGAUACUGACAAAAGUGCUGCUGCUAUUAGAUAUUGUGAUUACUCUGGUACAAUCAAGAAAAAGCAUUUUUCUCACCUUAAAUAG